AUGGGAAAAACCCAAGUGACACUUAAAACAGUUGAGAACGUCAUCAUGAUGAGCCCCAAGUUAGAAAAACUGAUUUUACCUAGCCGUAUGGCCUGCUGCCUCUGCCAAUUUAAAAGUAAUAUUGAGGUUUUCUAUAAUACAGUCAAGCUGCAUUGUGACAGUGAAUGUCUGACAAACAUCGCAUAUUGUGAUGAUGAAACAUCUAUAGGGAACCCAGAAGGGUCGUUCAUGAAGGCAUUACAAUCCCGGAAGAAGAGUAGCAGCCCUGAGCUGACUAUCGAGCCAGAGAAGGUGGCCGCACACAAAAAUGCCAGCAGUUUGUCAGCCUUCAAAAGUGGCCACCCCAAAGCUCAGUUAAAUGAGCAGCUGCAGUCCCUCAUCACCAACACUGAUGUGAGAAGGCUCAUUUCUCAUGUUUUCUGGAAUUUGAAAAUGGGCUGCUGCUCGGAGACCCACCUGAAACCAGCCUGUGCCAAGCUCAUCUUCCAAACUGGCCUCCUGAUGAAGCUUCUCAGCAAGCAGCAAGAAGCAAAGGAGUCCAGGGCAGACUGGGAUACAGACCAGUGGGAAACAGAAAACUACAUCCACGGGAGUCCAGAAGCCCAGAGUGAACAGGAAGAGCAGGAGAUCCAUGAGUUCCCAAAAGUUCUGGGGCAUGGCUAUCGAAUCGAAGUCAUCUUGGCAUUGUCAGUGACAGGAGCAGUGCUGGUGUUGAUUACAGCUUUCUGUCUCACUAAGCUAUGCUCCCGUAGAAGGGCAGCGCUGGAUGAAGAAGGAAGCUCAAGGGGCUUCUUUCCACUUCUGGAUAAACCCUCAGAGGAGCGUAAGAAUCAGAAGGGCUUUUCCUGGAGAAGGUGGCUUUGGCUCAGGAAUAUGUACAGAACCGUCAGUCCCUCACGUGAGAAAAACCUGGCGCAGAAGCUACUUGAGAAGGAUGGAGGGGAGUUCAGUGAAGUCGUAAUAGAGAAGGAUGUGACUUCAGGGUCGGGUGCCGAAGGGAGGAGAGUGAAGCCCAACAUACCACUACAGAGGGAGCCCCAGCCUGCCCCGGGCCACCUACAACGCUUCUAAUAUUGGCUUCUCAAUAAAAUACAUAAUUUUCUCUCAUUGAAGUGUAUGAACUCAUAACUAAUCCUAGCCAUCUGGUAAGGAAUUAAAGUAUAAAUUGUUAAACACCUAUAUGCAAAUAACAAGUGCCACAGGCAUAAAAAGCAGGGCUGAGACCAGAAUCCCUCGUGGCAGCCAUUCCUUCCACAGAGGUAAUGAGGGCAAAGAAGGAUAAAUGAGGUUUCCCUCCCUUGUUUCCCCAAUAUCGUCAGUCCCUGGGAACUGGGAAACAUGUUUUGCUGGUGAGGUGACAUUCCAAGCAAAGUGAAUAGCCUGUCAUUCCUCAUCUGAUUUAUUAGUUUGCCGAUGCUGGGCAAGGGACCCCUGCUCCCUUGGUGCCUGACCAAGCUACCUCCCAAGCUUCUUACUGAGUGACAGGUGUUUUCCUCUGUGUGGUGACUUCAGUGAGCCAACAAAUAUUUACUGUGCUUCAAGCAGAAGACUAAAUAGCAGUUAUAAUAGGAAGCAGCAACUAACAUUUACUAUUUGCUUCCCCAGGUUAGGCAUUUUACAGUUUCACUUAACCCAACAAUCCAUGGAAGCAUAUGUUGUUAUCCUCAUUUGACACAUAAGGAAACAGGACUGAAAGAAUGUAGGUAACCUGCUCAAGUGCACCAGGACACCAUCCAAAACUGCAAAUUAAGGCUUAAACUCAGGACUGUUAGACUCCAAAGCCUACUAACCAUUGCACUGCCCUGUGGGAGGGCACAGGGAUUCAGAGAAGUAUAAGCCGUGGUCGUCAUCAGAGUCA